UUUCUGUUUAAUACAAUUAAAUACGUAAAAAGCAAUACAAAAAUCUUAAAAAAGAAAUUCAUACAAAUAAAAUAUUAGUGUCGUGUUAACAUAAUUUUUAUAAAACUUAUUCGGAAGUAAAUAUUUUGUUACCAUCGUGUUGUUGUCGUCCGAAAUCGUUGUGCGGUCGCGUCUCGAUUUUGAUGUAUGAGUACACGAUCGACAAAACGAAAGUUUUCUCGGCUAAAGCUUAUCAGUCCAAUAUCAUUAACUGUGGAACUUGGUCUUUGUCGUUUCCCAAGACACAACAAACAGCCCCAACAGCAACAAUAUCAACAGAUGCAACCAGCCCAGUCUCAUGUUGUAACUACGAAAAAGCUGUUGAAAAAAAAAACGAGGCUAAUCAUAAGUCAGCAGAAUCAGAUCAGAUUCUACAACCAGAUUCCGCUGAAGCAGGUAAUGAGAUAGUGCCAAACAACAUCAACAGCAACAAAAAAUUCUUUUGCAAGACAUCAAACAGAUUCAACAGCUCUUGCAGAGUGUUGGAGUAUUGCAGACCAGCGAUGGCCUUAGAUGGAGCGACACUUCAAAUGAUUGCAGACAACAAUCAAAUGGUGACUGUAAAACAAGGCGAUAAUCCAGCAAGGUCACGGAGAUCAUGUUCUUUGUGAACUCGGUGUUCGAAUUACCAUGUCCGUUUCAUAUACCUACUACUGGUGAACAGCCCGUUGAUUCAAUGAAAUGAAAAUUGAAGGUACCGUCUUUGGAACGACAGCUGUUGGUGAAACAGCGUUAGAAGUCAUCUGAUUUGACAAAUUCAUACUGUUUUGAUAUCUAAAAUUUAAAAAGUAGCGAUAUUUUUUUCAUUGGAAUUCGUUGUAGAUCGAAUUUUUGGUUCUUUGGAAUUCUACAUAGAUAUUAGUGGAAAACUUUCAAAUUGUAUAGUUUAAGUGCUUUAUUGUU